AUGAAGAAGUCAAGCCCAAUCAAGACCGUCCCUAUCAGCCUCCUCGAGAGCUUCACAUCCCGCGACGAGUCCCCCGAUCCGCUCUCCCUACCCGGCAUCACCGAGUUCCACCCAUCCAGCAAGUGUUCCAUCACAGACGAGCCCCGAACCGGCCACUGCGACCCUUCCGAACCCUCCGACCCCUACGACCAUGAUGACAGCGCUAGCGACAUGAGCGUGAACUAUGACAGAAUUUACGCCAUAUCCGUGUCAUCCGAUGAAGCAGAUCCAUCCUGGGUCCCUCGUACGACCCGUAAACGCUCACCGGACCCCCCCAAGCGACCGAUGCGACCGAUCAGCAGAAGACCCUUUGAUCCCUUCAUCCCCAUCAAAACCAGGAAGGCUGCAUCAAACCGAAGACGAAGAAACAACAAGUCCAUUUCGCCAGGGAUCCUCCGCACGUCUUCAGCCAUCCCUUCUUCAACAGUUCCCUCGGCUCCUGUCCAGCAGAGUGCGUCAGCUCCCAACAUCCUCAUCGCACACGAGUGGCGGCCCGCAGGCCCAGUCAUCAGUCGAUGCGUCAGCGUCGACUUCGAAAAGCUCGAUGAUAGCACUCGAAACAGUCUGAUGCAGGGGCAUCUGGAAAACAUGGAGAGGGUCGCGAAGUGGAUUGACGUCACCGAGCAUGAGAGAAUCAAAGAUCUGCGGGAGAAGCGAGCUCAAGAGGAGUUUCAGGGGGAAAAGCUACUUUGGUUUGAUUGA